GUAGAGAAACUAAUGGACAACCUGACAUCCACAAACAGCAUUCUCCUCAUGGAAGGACUGAAAGUUACACCUCAGUCCUCUUAUACCAUUUUCAUCUUGCUUCUAUUGAUUUAUGUGUUUGCAAUGGGAUGUAACAUUGGACUAAUAAUACUGAUCUCAACUGAUAAAAAUCUGCAUCAUCCUAUGCAUUUUUUGUUCUGCAAUUUGCCACUGAAUGAUAUACUAGGAACCACUGUCAUGUUGCCACGCUUACUUCAGGACAUUUUAAGGGAAGCCUCAGAGCGCUACAUGACAUAUGUGGAGUGUGUUGUUCAAGCAUAUUUUGUACACAUAUUUGCAGCCGCAAGUCACUAUGUGCUGAUGAUCAUGGCCUUUGACAGAUACGUGGCUAUAUGUAAUCCACUGCGAUACACAGCCAUAAUGACCAAUAAAAUGGUAGUAAAACUAUCAGUAUCAGCCUGGGGACUGUCAGUAUUCAUAGUGUCUAUUAUGUUAGGUCUCACUAUACGACUGUCUCGCUGCAGAUCUAAAAUUGAAAACCCUUUCUGUGUUAAUGCCUUACUGUUCAAACUGUCCUGUGAAAGUGUGGUCAUUAAUAAUAUAUUUGGAAUUAUUUAUACUGUAAUUGUUUUUACUUUUUCACUUGGGUCUGUAUUUAUAACAUACACCAAGAUUGCUAGUGUAUGCAUAACCAGCAAAAACAAAGCACUCAACAGCAAAGCCAUAAAAACCUGUAGCACCCACAUAGCUGUUUAUAUAAUCAUGUUUGUUUCCUGUGCAACCAUGGUUUUUCUCCAUCGUUUUCCUGAAUACUCUGAAAGCAGGAAACUAGCUAGUAUAAUGUUUCAUAUAGUACCACCAGGACUAAAUCCUUUAGUAUAUGGUUUACAAACCAAAGAAAUAAGACAAAAGUUUAUAAAACUUUGGUACAGAAAUAAAGUUAAUCUUAAAUAA